AUGAUUAAUCAAAGUGCUCUUCUUAAUAUUGCACGCGCUCCUCUCCGUGUGGGUGGUAGACGCGUUGCUGCCAGCCGUUUCGCCAUGCAGACUCGUUCUUACGCUAAGGAUUUGAAGUUUGGCGUUGAGGCCCGUGCCGCUCUUUCUCGUGGUGUCGACACGUUGGCUCGUGCCGUCUCUGUCACGCUGGGACCGAAAGGUCGUAACGUUUUGAUUGAGCAGUCUUUUGGCUCUCCCAAAAUUACAAAGGAUGGUGUCACUGUCGCUCGCAGUGUCUCCUUGAAAGACAAGUUUGAGAACCUCGGAGCUCGUCUUGUUCAGGACGUCGCUAGCAAAACGAACGAGGUUGCCGGUGAUGGUACCACUACUGCUACCGUUCUUACCCACGCUAUCUUCUCUGAGAGUGUUCGGAACGUUGCUGCUGGCUGCAACCCUAUGGACCUUCGUCGCGGUAUCCAACAAGCUGUCGAGAAGGUUGUCGAGUUUUUGCAAGCCAACAAGCGUGAAAUUACCACUACCUCCGAGAUUGCCCAGGUUGCCACAAUUUCUGCUAACGGCGACACCCACAUUGGUAGUUUGAUUGCCGAUGCUAUGGAGAAGGUCGGCAAGGAGGGUGUGAUCACCGUAAAGGAGGGACGCACUAUUGAGGAUGAGCUCGACGUCACGGAGGGCAUGAAGUUCGACCGUGGCUACAUUUCUCCCUACUUCAUUACCGAUGUCAAGACUCAGAAGUGCGAGUUUGAGAAUCCUCUCGUUCUCCUCUCCGAAAAGAAGGUGUCUGCCGUCCAGGAUAUCCUCCCUGCCUUGGAGAUUGCCGCUCAACAGCGCCGACCUCUGGUUAUCAUCGCCGAAGACAUUGACGGUGAGGCUUUGGCCGCAUGCAUCUUGAACAAGCUCCGCGGCCAGCUUCAAGUUGUCGCUGUUAAGGCUCCUGGCUUCGGCGACAACAGACGUAACAUGCUUGGCGACUUGGCUGUUUUGACUGACAGUGCCGUCUUCAACGAUGAUGUUGAUGUGACCCUUGACAAGCUCCAAGCCCAUCACCUUGGUAGCUGUGGAUCCAUUACCGUUACGAAGGAGGACACCAUCUUCCUUAACGGUAAGGGUGACCGUAGCGCUGUUGCUGAGCGCUGUGAACAAAUUCGUGGCUUGCUGGACAACAGCGGCAUCAGCGAGUACGAACGCGAAAAGCUCCAAGAGCGUCUUGCCAAACUCAGCGGUGGUAUUGCCGUCAUCCGCGUCGGUGGUUCCAGUGAAGUCGAGGUUGGUGAGAAGAAGGACCGUAUUGUCGAUGCUCUUAACGCAGUUAAGGCUGCUGUUUCUGAGGGUGUUCUCCCCGGUGCUGGCACCUCUCUUGUUAAGGCCAGCUUGAAGUUGGACGAGCUUGAACCCGCCAACUUUGACCAAAAGCUCGGUAUUGAUAUCGUCCGUAAGGCUAUCACCAAGCCUGCUCAGACCAUCUUGGAGAACGCUGGUUUGGAGGGCAACUUGAUUGUCGGUAAGCUUAAGGAGCGUUACGGUAACGAGUUCAACGUUGGUUAUGAUAUUGCCAAGGACGAGUUCACUGAUCUCAACAAGAUUGGUGUUCUCGACCCUCUGAAGGUUGUUCGCACCGGCUUGGUUGACGCCAGCGGUGUCGCUUCUCUGAUGGGUACCGCCGAGUGCGCCAUUGUUGAUGCUCCUGAAGAGGCCAAGGCUGCUCCCGCUAUGCUGCGUGAAUGGGCGGUAUGGGUGGUAUGA